AUGCCAAGGCCAUCACCUCGUAAAACUGGCUUUUGCAGCCCAGAUGAUCGUAUUUUUCACGAGGGAAUAACUCGUCUUCCCAAUGAAGUAAGUAUCAUCGGAAACGAAAAAAUUAAAGAACAAGGGGGACAGGAAAUAGAGAGGGGAGAAGAUGCGGGUGGAAAUGAAGAUGGGCCAGAGUUUGCUAGCAAUGAAGCCGAGAUUGAAGGAGACGAAUCGGCAUGUCCUAUCAACUCAAAUUUCGAGAUAGCAGUUCACAACAAGACAAUUAGCCCGCCAUCCGUUGAAGUAAAUAUGCCCAGGCUAAUAUGGCAUUCUGAGUCCCAGUCUCCUAAUUCUGCGCGCAACCAACUGAUACCGCAUUCGAGAGAUCCUUCCAUUCUCGGCAAUGUUCAUGGAAAAUCUUGCUCUUCUCACCUAAGCUAUUCUUCAUCUUCAUCCCCUUCUUCCUCAUCCUCCUCUGCCUCUUUGGCCUCCUCUGAUUCAGAUUCAAUAACCACUGACAACGACGAGCCUGGAAAUACUGAAAGGCAGUCUUCAGUCCGUGUUGCUUCAGGCCAUUUAGUGUCUACCGGUGGCUGCAUUAUUAAUACUGGGCAACUUCGAUGUCACCAACGGUCCAGCAGGCGCCACCGACUUAUUAGUCCAGCCAGUCGGAGCGCUAUCAGAACUGGCCUAUCUCUCUGCUUGCCGGACGGGAACGUUUGCCAGCGAUUACCAUCUUCUGCAGGUCAACUGACUCUUGAAUCACUGACUGGUGAUUGUCGCCUCCCAGAGUCAAGAACCGUUGGCUUAGGUCGUCAAAAGAUAGACAAAACAGAAGAGACGCGGCGUGCCACGUCUUGGUCACAAUUUGAAGCGGCUGAUGAUGAUGCCUUUCUUGAAUCUUUAUAUUUUUAA